CCCACCACACUCGCUGCAGACGAGUAAGGCUCGCAAGAAGGCAGAACUGACUGAACUCAAAGAAACAUGGGACGGAUUUAAUAUUUUUCCGGGAUGAGUUUCAAUUCUAUAUGAUUUAUCCGUCUUCUCAAAGGAGCUACGUGGCAACACGAGUGGUGUCACUUCUCCGCUUCUAUGGGAAGUCAGUGAUCGCUUUGAGGCGAGCGGUGGCCGAGCUGGCGAAGGGGCGUCUGAGAGUCAGAACCCAGGAGCUGAUCUGGGGAAAGGACCACAUUAGUUGGAUAUUACACAUGACUUCCGCGGAAAUGCUACGGUUUCUAACUCAAAAGCUUAAAUCUCAGUCUAUAAAUGAAGUUCAACCAUUUCCAGGGCAGACGGAUGAGGAGGACAAGGAUUCCGGAACCGAGUCGGAUGAUGAAAACGCACAAUUCGAGGAGCUCGAGGACAAUUUAGACGAGGACCGGACCCAUCAUGACACGUCCAGCUACGGGUCGGCGUCCCCUGUGAACCAUCCUCCCAGCCCGGUGUCAGUGGGCUUCGGGGAGAUGGACGGCAUGAGAACACAUGAACUUACUGUCAAUAGUUUGGACUCGAUCAGCUACACCUCAGACUUAGAUGGACAUGGGUGGGAUUUUGAAAGACAUAGCUCAGAAGAGGAACUUAUUGAAAUAAAUAACCGUGAUGGUGUUGCCGAGAAGAGGAAGUGGUCACAAGUGAAUCGUGGGAGUGUUGGUGACAGUGCUGGAUCCUCAGACGAAGAAGUGCGUGAACUCCUUAAACCUCAACCGGUUGUACUCAGUGCUUCCCCACCCUCGGGUGUUCAAAAACUCCACUCCUCACCACAGGCCAAGUUCUUUCUUGCCAAUGUGAGUCCCACAGCAGUGGUGGCAGCCAUAUCGCCACGGAAACGGCACAGACAACUCUCUACCUCUGAUUGUCCAACUGAUUUGGAUCCCAAAACUGUGAUUCAGAGGCCCUGUCUCGACUUUGAAAAAAUGCAGAAAACAUCUGUGAAGAAGCCAUGUGUCCAUAGUUUGAGCCGGCCCAAACUAGUGAAGAUACGGACGAUCAAUGGAAAUAGCAGAGGACCGAAGUGUUUAUCAGAUCCUGCUGUCUUCUCCUUCCGAUCUAUCAGCAGUGGGUUCUCUCCCCUGACGCCAGUGGAAGAACCAUCAUGCGCAUACUGAAGAAGUUACCAGUAUCACGUGAUAAUUGUAACGUUGAGCUUCAGUUAUGCCACUGUUCUUCUUUUUGGCCAAAGAAGUGACCCCGAGGGGACAGAACUGAUUAUCUCCCCUAAUCUGCGGACGAGGCUUCUAGAUUAUGGGGAGGUCAAUAGAGGUGCUGAAGACUUCCAUCAUUGGAGUAUUGUGUUCAGAGAAAACUGAUGACUUUGUGCUGUAGGAGUGAGUCCCAGUGGUUGAAGGUGGAGAUUGUAUAUGGAGGCCCUCAGUGCUUAAUGGAGAUCUACGCAUGUAUGUACGCACAGACGAAGCCUGAUGGCAACUAGGACAUGCAUCUAUACCAUUAACUUAUACUGUAGAAACAAGCAUCUGCCUACUGCAUUCAUUCAGUUGACCUUGAAGCUGUUGUGUAUCAUUAGUAGUGCACGUCGGCUUGUUCAGCAUUCAGUCAGCCAUUUAUCAUAAGUCAAUCAAUAUUGUGAUUUUUUAUCUAUUGAAGACUGUUUACAUUAUAGACUAUAUAUUUAAUGCUAGAAGUAGCGACUGUGGAGAUAGAUAGCCCAGUGGUGCCGACUCACAUGGCCGAUUGAUGAACUCGCUUGCUUCAACACUCAACGCUUACUCAGGCAGGCAUAUAUACAUUUUGUCAUCAUUAUUACUGAGGAUGUGUACAGGCUGGUUUUUUUCCACAGACAUUUUUCUAUAUUUUUCCCAUUUUUUGAAAAGUUUGCAUGCUUGAUGUUUUGGAGCUGAGGCAUGCUUGGUUAGCAUCUUGUUUACGCUCAGUGGCUAAGUGACACUACAUGUGGCCGGAGGUCUGUCUGUGCAUGCCUACUCCAUGCUGUGAACAGGUCCACAGGACUAUGGCUACAACUGCUGAUAUGAAGAUAUAUGGCUAGCAUGGAGUAAGGUCAGGGAAAGACAUGAUGACUUUGGGAGUCUGUGACCAUGUUCGAAUAACUGCCAGAGAUGGGAGCCAGUGGAGGCAUCAGCUUCUUGGAUGGUUCGGACUUUGCAAAACAUGCUGCUCAUGGACAUCAGAACAACAAAACCAGAUUGUGCAGAUAUGUGACAGACAAAUGUUAUUAUCAUUUCAUCAAACAUAUAUCAUGGUAGAAGGUGAACCCUCACUGAAUAUUAUCGAAAGACUGUUCUGUAACAUAUGCUUUGUUUUGCAAGAUUGAUGUACUAGCAAGCAAUACAUGUUACCAGUAGGUGUCCCAUCAUGCAUUACCCUAUUAUAUAUCCCAUCAUGCAUCACCCCAGUACAUAUCCCAUCAUGCAUCACCCUAGUAGAUAUCCCAUCAUGCAUCACCCUAGUAGAUAUCCCAUCAUGCAUCCCCCUAGUAUAUAUCCCAUCAUGCAUCACCCCAGUAGAUGUCCCAUCAUGCAUCACCCUACUAGAUAUCCCAUCAUGCAUCACCCCAGCAGAUGUCCCAUCAUGCAUCACACCAUGGUUACACCUUUACCAUACAGCAUACUGCGGCAAUAGGUUAGCCUGAGCAGGUAAUAUUGCAGCUGCAGCUGUAACAGCAUCAACAUCAUCACUACAGCAGCUACAUGAACUACAGUGUACUUGUGCUCUCCUGUGUACAGAGAUGUUCUUCCUGGCAGCUGUUGAUCAUGUGUCCUGUUAGUACAUUGAAGAUUCAACUGUAAUCCUACUUCCACUACACUAUGUCGCUUGGCAGAAUGGCAGCUUGCACUACACAAAAUGGCAAGAAGCUAUUGAAGGGCUUCAUUAUGUAUAGGACCACAGCUGUUGAGUAAAACAUUGUUAAACUACAGUUUUAUUACCACAUUCAAUGUACAGCCAGAAUUGAUUCUAUUGGUUUGCUCUUUUCAAAGCCAUAGGAUCAGCUACUUUGUUCCUACUGCCAUAGAAUAUUUGACAGUGAUGAAUUGGCUAUUUAUGUUUGAAAUAAUUUUGAUUAAUUUAUUGGCAAAUACUGAGUUCUUUGUGGGGUAAUUGACUUAUCAAUCAGUGAAGUUUAUUUUAAUCUGUUUGAGGGGAGGGGUGGGGGUGAAUAGACAAGAUAUAUUAUACUUAGGGCUGUACUUUAAGAAUAACUCUCCUAGUAAUUUUGGUACCCCUUAAAAAAAAAUAAAAAAUUCAUCACUCUCCCCAUGGUUUGAAGACAUUGUAAUAAAUUACGUCAUUAUUUUUGGUCACUAUUAAUUUUUUACUUUUUAUGGCCAUCUCAAAAAUGAUUUCAGCUUGCUUGCUUACAUUUUUGGAUGAACGUUCCCUUGAAUCUCUUUUCCCGACCACUUGUUAUUGAUGACAUGAUCAUGUACAUGUACUAUUAUGGUAUGUAGAUUUUCAGUGAUCUAUUCUUCAGCUGUGGAGUCUUUUUUAGGAUAUAUGAAUAUGCAUUUUGGACAAACACUGUUAUGAUAUUUUUUAUGUAUACAAAAAUAGACUAUGUAAUGAAUUGUUUUGAUUGAAGAAUUUACAGUUGUUAUUCAGAUUUUGGUAAAGCUAAGGUGGGCGAGUGGAGGCGUAAGUGUUGAAAUCCUGUUAUGAUAGGAGAACAGAUGCUGCAAAUUUGUUUCUCUAUUUCCACGUUAGCUUUUGUUAAGCAUGACAAGCUGUCUAAUUUAUGGUACAUCUAAUGUAAAUUGUUUAUAGGAAAUAUGCACCUUGGGCGUCACCUUGAUGCAUAUGAACGUACGUGAUCAGACAGAAUCAAUUUCAAGACAACCUUUAUAUAGAACCCGUGUUUUUAUGGCCACCAAAUCAAUUUUAUGGUCACGACGCUGACAUACUGAACACUUACUGCUUUUAUUUGAGUUAGGUGAAGCAUUUUGCAGCAUGACAGACCUAUCCUUGAAAAAAGCCUCAAUUUCAGGGGAUGUAGAUAUUUUAUAUUUGUAAGAUCGUGAACAAUUUGGACGUCCCUUGUGGGGCAGACCUUGCAGCUCACCUACCUCUAAAGAUUUGCACUGUCUACAAUGUUUGCACACCAGGAAAUCGUGUUUGUUAACAUUGUAUCAUUAACACUAUGAUCAGUCCUCAUAUUGGCUUUACAAAGUCAUUAAGAUUGUGCUAAUGUAUUCAUAAUAGUACCUAUCUUAACGAGGAGCCUCCUACCCUUGGGCCAAUUUGCAGUCUUCACAAGUUGAUUCAAAUCAUUCAAAUCCCAUGUUGCAAAUUCACAUCUUAUUAUCAAUGGGGGCAUUAAUUAUUACCUUAAGACCACACAGAUACAGUGUUUCAGUUUGACACAUAACACUGAUUGCAGUGACACUACCCACUGGAAAUGGCCCUUGGCAAUGGAGCACAGUGUGGCUUAACCUUCACUUGCCAGAGUUACUCAAUAUGGGAAAUACUAUCCUGAAAUACUACCCUGAAAUGUGUAACGUUAAUGGAUGGUUUAUUUGAAUGUUUGAUAUUUAUGUGGGAAUCUUUCUGUGUCUCAUUCAGUGCAUUUAACAUGAACUAGUAUGAUUUAUUCAGAAACUGUUUCUUAAGAUAAACAAGCAAUUUGACAAUAUAUGUGAUCACAGUGUUUCACAACAAAAAGGUUGUGCUUGGAAAAUAUUUAUUUCAUAUUUUGAAAUACACAUGUUAAAGAAGAGCAGUUUCUGAAAGCAGUUUGUUUGUGUACCAAUGUUUUGAAUUUGUCAUGAAUAACUUCACAUAAUUGUUUCAGCAAGAUAUGAGUGUUUGACCUGUCAGUAUUUUUGUUAUAAAUCUGACUAAUAAUUUCGUCUUUAUGAAGCAUAUGGAAGUGGCAAUGUUUUGUAAAACAGGGAGUGAUGCCAGGCAACUUUCAACAUGUGCUUUUCACAGGCUCAAUUUGAUUUUGAGAUCAUUUCAGGGCAAUUUGUUAGCAAAUUUCUUGAACUAUUUUUUGGCAUUUGGAGGUGCCAUGGUUACUUUCAGUCACAUGACUAUCAAAUGGCGGCAAUAGUCCAGUGUGACAUAGGUAGCGCUAGUACUACAAGUUCACCAGAGACUGGAUUCCCUCAGGUUCCUCACUAAAUCUGUGAUAAUGUAUUCCAAACAUAAGUCAGGGGUCUUGAGUGGACCUCUUCAUCUUGGGUUGUUUGGCCAUGUUUAAAUUGGCCCACCUCACAUUGUUUCAGAAACAGAUACAAAUAUUGCCAAUUCAGAAAAAUAUAAAUCAGAUUACUCAAACCAGUUUAAUUUUGUGGCAAUGUAAGGUUAUGUAUCUUUUCUGAAGACUCAUCUUGGCCACUGAAUCUACCAAGAUGUAAUGUCCAACAUGGCUUCAGUCUCUGAAUGUCCUCCAGGCUCUUUGUCUUGCUGCUGAACUAAUGUCUGACCUCAUAUUUCUUGAUACCUCGGUCCUCAGGUAUGUGUGAUCUCAGUGUGGUAAGCCACCUCCUCCCUUCCGGCUAAGGAAGCAGCAGCACAUUCUGCUAUAUAAUUCAUGCUUUUACUCCAAGUUGAAAUUCAAGAAAAAAUCUACUGUGUUUCUGAAUUCAGUAACUAGGUUGCAUCUUGAUCGUCAUGAUCUUAGACUUGAUGAUUAAGUCAGGGUGAAUUUUGAACAAAGGAUCUAGUUUGAAGGAAAUGUGAUGGAAUCGUGUUUCUGUGAUCAAAAUGAUGGCAAGGAACCAUUACAGCUGGUGGUCUCUGACAAUAGGUAGGCAAUUAUAUUGAAAGAAACUUGGUCUGUUAAGGCAAGUAACCUGGAGGUAACACACAAUCAAUAUUCAUCUUUGCGCCAUUCAAAAUAAUUUAUUUUUGCCCAUUUUUGUUGCCCAAGGGCAAGCAGUUACUCCUUGUAUUUCCCAAUUUACCAGUGCCAGUCCACUGUGGAUCGGUGUUGAGGUGAAAAGAUUGAUAUUCUCAAUGCCUGUGUUUUUACUUUCAUCAUGUAACAUUGGCAGCCAGUGCCACAUUGAUUUUUAUGACGUUUUUUUUAAAGGUGAUUACUUCCUGGUGAGGAGAUGUUUUUAUUGAUUCCUGGCCAUGCUGGAUUUUUGGUUCGGAAACUAUUGUUAGUCCCAUGGUAUGUAGAUUAAACUUACUGGUGGUGUGAGUGGAUGUGGUCAGUGGACCAAUGUGUUUGCUAUAAUUGCCCCUGACUACCGGGUACCCAUUUAUGGUCCUGGCUUAACUAUAUUGUUUCCCUAUCCCUCGUGUAUCAACUGCCAGUUUAAUUCUGUUGAUGCUGUUGUUGAUCCAACCUGUACCAUUAUUGGAAAUGUUCCUGUAAAAUGUUUAAACUAGCACUUCCAUAGGCUCCAGGCACAGUUCCCCUUGCACAAUUUCCCUCAUGUUUCUUCCAGUGUAACCUUGUCCAAUCUGUAGAAGGACGAAACUUGCCUUAUCUGUAUACGGGAGUACUUGAGAAUUAUUUGACAGAUUUUUUUAUGCAUCACUCAUCGUACUACCUCUUGGCGUCAACAGAACACCAGUGUUUUGUUGACACUUGAUGAUGUUAUAAUGGUUGCCAGGGAACCAAUGAUAACGUUCCCAUGGCAACUAAAACUUUUUGUGUUGAUAAUUACUAUGAAUACAACUGUUCAUGGUAGUUCUUGUACGAGUCGAUAUUUUUGGAGAGAGUCUGUACACUUGGUUUUAUGGACAUGUACAACGUUGUGUAAUGCCCAUGUUCACGUCUUGCACGUGCAUUCAGAGAGUGGAUCGCGAGAGAGGUUGUGAGUGCUGUUUGGGAAGACACGAUGGGAGUCCCAUUUGAAAUGUUUCAAACUAGGUUCUGUCUAUUGUAUUGACGGGAGGCGAAGGUUCUGUAUACUGUAUCGAAGAAGGAGGGCGAGUGCACGGACGCGACUGAAAGAGAUGAGAUUUUCUUACUGUGAAUAAAAGUUUAAUCUGUGAA